CAUAUGCUGUCUUACCUGUCUCCAGGAAACCUCAGCCACGAGUGGUCACCCACAGCAGCCGUAAUCCGGACUCCUCUACUGGUCUGUUCCCUUCAUCCUCACCACGAGCCUCUGCCGAACCAGCUGCCUCACGAGACGGACUCACGCUGCCGACUCCAGACCCGAACGAGCAGUUCCACCAGUGACGCCACGAGCCGCAGUUACAUUCUCAGACCUCCAGUAACAGAUACCUACCUGUCUGGCCCUCAUAUUAAAUCUACCUUCUCGCCAAGACAUCUCUGUCCUGUGUCUCAUUCCGGGUUUCAGCAUCUGGGUCUCAGUCGUUCUAUAGUCAUGACAGAACGGACUGGCCAUAAUCCCGACCCAGCUGACCCGGAGGGACUCAGAUUAGCCGUAUCCCAGCAAGGCAUAUUGCUUGGUCGCCAGGCCGACGCCCUAUCCCAGAUGGCCGCGGCCCAACAGGACCUUUUUCACCGCCUGGACGGUUUGACACAGACAUUGAACAAUUUAACCGGACAUUUUUCCCAUGUUCCAACAGAUACGGCUCAAGCUACGGCUAACUCGGCUACUUCCGUUUCCGGAUCACCCUCCGCUCACGAAAACAUCCGGCUGCAACCGGAACCAUUUACGGGUGACGUUGAAGCCUGCGGAGGAUUCCUCCUCCAAUGCGAGCUGAUUUACCAACAAGCCCCCCGUCAUUAUCAGUCGGAUCACAGUAAAAUAUCACUGAUCGUCAACUCUCUACGCAAUAAAGCCCUCCAGUGGGCCCAGGCUUUCCUCUCCUCCAAUCCCAUAAGCCACCUCACUUAUGAACGUUUCCUCAGAGAGUUCCAGUUAAUUUUCGACCAACCACGCAAACAGGACGAAGCAACCCGUCGGUUACUCGCGCUCAGGCAGCGUAACCGCUCGCCCGGUCAUUUGAGGAACUGGUUUCUGCGGCACUCCGCUCUGAUGUUCGCCUGCGGGAGCGUCAAAGGGAACGAGGGCCCGUUUUCCAGCGUGCCGCAACCACCACAUCCUCCAACUUCUCACACGCUGUUCACGCCACCCCUCUCGACUCCCUCAGCCCCUCUAGACCUCCAGACGAGCCUAUGCAGGUUGGACACUCUCGACUGUCUGAAGAGGAACGCCGCAGACGGCGCAUGGAGGGGGCCUGUUUCUAUUGCGGAGCAAAGGGCCACAUUGUCAUCUCCUGCCCGCUUCGUUUAAACACCCGAACCCCUCGCUAGGAGACAGGCUGCGAGGGGUAACAAACA